CUGCGUGGUUAGUGCCUGCGGGCUCUGGCAGCGGUAGCAUCAGUGGUCGCUGACUGGGAAGGCUGCCAGUGACUAUGCAGCGUUCUGUGUCACUGUGACCGGCACUUGCCCUGGCAGUCAUGGGGUGGACGACCAGAAACCAAAAAAUGGACCCCAUGACCUUUGAGGAUGUGGCUGUGAACUUCACCCCAGAGGAGUGGGCUUUACUGAAUCCUUUGCAGAAGAAACUCUACAGAGAUGUGAUGCAGGAAACCUUGAGGAACCUGGCCUCAAUAGGGAAAAAAUGGGACAGUCAUAACAUUGAAGAUUGGUACAAAACCCAAAGGAGAAAACUAAGAAGUCAUAUGGUAGAAAAACUCUGUGAAAGCAAAGAAGGUAGUCAAGAUGGAGAAACUGUCAGCCAGAUUCCAAAUCUUAACCUGGACCAGAAAACUUCUUCUGGAGUAAAACCAUGUGAAUGUUAUGUGUGUGGGAAAGUCUUCAUGCGUCAUUCAUUCCUUAAUAGACACAUCAGAUCUCACAGUGGACGCAAACCCUAUGAGUAUCGUGAAUAUGAGGAGAAGCCAUAUAAAUGCAUGGAAUGUGGGAAAGCCUUCAGUUACCGCAAAUCUGUUCACAGACAUGAAAGGACUCACACUGGAGAGAAACCAUACGAAUGUAAAGAAUGUGGGAAAGCCUUCACAUGGCUCACAACCUUUCGGAGACACAUGAUAACACACACUGGAGAAGGACCCUAUAAAUGUAAGGAAUGUGGGAAAGCCUUUAGUUGUUCCACUUCAUUUCGAGCACAUGAAAGAACUCACACUGGAGAGAAACCCUUCGUAUGUAGACAGUGUGGUAAAUCCCUCAGAUCUCCUCUAGGUUUGCGAAUACACGAAAGAAAUCACUCUGGAGAAAAACCCUAUGAGUGUAAGCAGUGUGGUAAAGCCCUCAGUUGUCCCAGUUCCUUUCGAAGACAUGAAAGGAUUCACAAUGCAGAGAAACAAUAUGAAUGUAAACAGUGUGAGAAAACUUUCAGUUCUCCUCUAGGUUUGCGAAUACAUGAAAGAAUUCACACUGGAGAGAAACCUUACGAAUGUAAGGAAUGUGGGAAAGCCUUCAUUUCUCUUUCAAGCAUUCGUACACACAUGAUAACACACACCGGAGACGGACCUUAUAAAUGCAAGGAAUGUGGGAAAGCCUUCAUUUGUCCCAGUUCAUUUCGAUCCCAUGAAAGGACUCACACUGGAGAGAAGCCAUAUGAAUGUAAACAGUGUGGUAAAACUUUCAGUUGGCCCAGUUCCUUUCGAAUACAUGAAAGAACUCAUACUGGAGAGAAACCCUAUGAAUGUACAGAAUGUGGGAAAACCUUCAUUUAUCGCACAACUUUUCAAGGACACAUGAGAAAGCACACUGGAGAGAAACCCUAUAAAUGUAAAGAAUGUGGGAAAGCCUUCAUUUCUCCCUCAAGUGUUCGAACACACAUGAUAAUGCACACUGGAGAUGGACCUUAUAAGUGUAAGGAAUGUGGGAAAGCAUUCAGUUUUCCCAGUUCAUUUCGAAUACAUCAAAGAACUCACACAGGAGAGAAACCCUAUGAAUGUAAACAGUGUGGCAGAGCCUUCAGUUGUUACACAUCCUUUCGAACACAUGAAAAAACUCACACUGGAGAGAAACCUUAUGAAUGCACAGAAUGUGGGAAAGCCUUCGUCUAUCGCACUACUUUUCGAGGGCACAUGAGAAUGCACAGUGGAGAGAAACCAUACAAAUGUAAACAAUGUGGGAAAGCCUUCAGUCGGCCCAAUUCCUUUCGAAGACAUGAAAGAUCUCAUACUUAAUAGAAACCUCUUGAAUGUAAGCAACAUGGGGAAAACCUCAGUUGGCCUUUAUUCUUACAUGUGAAAACUCUCACUGGAGAGAGACCCUAUAUAUGUAAGAAAUCUGAGAAUGCCUGUUACAAAUUAAUCCAUGUAUAAUGUUCCAGAAAAAAAAAACACAUGAAAGAAUAAUACCUAGAGUUAUAUUGUCUUUAUCAUUGCCUCCUUCUUAAAGUGUAUCUCUCAACUGGAUAUUUAAUACUUUCAAAAAUGAACACUGAAGUGAAAUAAUUUUGUAAGUAUUCUCUAAGCAAUACUACAUAAGAUUAAGAAG